AGGAGGGCAGCGCACCGUGUGAUGGCUACAAGAAGUAUAGAAGGAUGCUGAAAAUCAAUUAAAGAAAAAAAAUGGAUUCUAACUACUGGGACAAAAAAUAAGAAAAAAUGUGACACCAAUUCUUCGCUGCACAUGCUGACAUGAGAUGACGAUGGUGAAACAAAGGUCAGGAAUGGCCGCUUUUAAAUUCACAAGCAUCAUAGUUUGCAUUGUUUUGCUUGGACAUGGGACCCCUGAGAGUACAGCGAGUACUAAAGAGGACCACAGGGAUGAUCUCCUGAAAGGGAUCAUCUCAAAGUGGAAAAAAGAAGCUGGUGUGCCACCCCAACCUGAAACAAACAAGGAUCAGUCUCUGCCCACUUGGGUCAGAGGUAUUGUUGGAGGCUUAAAAACCCUUUUUCCCACCAAGAACCUGCCUUCAUUAAACAAGCCAAUAGACAGACACCGUCUCUCUGGAUUCCUCUACAACAUUUCUCUGUAUCUGCAAGAGAUGGGUGCUGAGCUGGAAGAUGUGCCCCCAGAGCAGGAAGAGGAACAGCUCUGGGAGAAGGUACUGCAUUUCUUUCUCCAGUCUGAAGGCAAUGCAGCCCUGAACCAGUGGAAUGGCCGUGUACCACCCAGACCCAGCAUUAAGAUGCAGGACUGGUUUUUGUCCCUCAGAGGGAGUCCGCACUGGGACUGGCUGCUUGGGCUCCUGCAGAGCCUCAUCACUCUCUCAGAGCGUCAGCCCCACAGACCAAUCCUGACUUUCUUAUCUCAGAACUGGCGCACACUGAGUGCUGUGCUGGAAGCUGCAUUUCAGGCUCUUAUCAGUGGGACGUAUGGCCAGGCCAGUGCAGGUCGUUCAGGCGCGGGAGAUCGAAGCGGGCAGCAGGCUCAGAAAAACCUGGCUCUUGUGCAGAGUUUGGAUGGGUUGAGGCGAGGCCUUCUGCACAGGGUGGGAAGUUCUGUCUAUGGUAACCUGAGAAAGAAGGUGUCACGAGUUACCAUGGCAUUACUUGAUGAUGUGAGCAGCCUGGUGGAAGUGCCGCAACCCAACUUUCAGGGCCGAUGCACCGUUGGGAACUUAAGACAGCUGAUCUUAUGGGGGAUAAGACAUAAUGUGCUUUGGAACACUCAGGCAUUGGGGGUCAGCUCUCAGGGUCUCCCAAGCUCCCUUCCGUUUCUUUCCUGCCCCUCCACCCAGGGAGAGAAAUUACAGUCACCACGACCUGCAGCUCAGUCAUCUUCAAAAAAGGCUCCCUCUUCACAGAGCUCCUUUAAACAGAAACAAUCCCCUAAAUCCUCAGCUGCAGGUGCCAGACAGUUCACAGAGAGAAACAGCAAACAGAAGGAGAUUGAGUUCUUCGCUUCCACAGAAAUUCUGGAGGCAGCGUGUAAUGAGUCCAUCCCCGGCUUGACAGGCGUCUCUAACUUCACCGUUUUCCUGUACUGCAAACUAUUUGAAGGGGAGAACGGGUCGGGUAAUCCUGCUGCAACUCAUUUAGAACUUGACCUGCAUGCGACCUGCUUGGAUGCAGCCUGGUACCUCUCUGCUGCUGAGCAAGACUUCUUUUGGGUCCAUGUUUGCACUGAGUUCUUUGCCCAUGAAUUCAACAACACGGUGUGUUCCAACUCUUCUUUCUGGCUGCAGAAAGCACAGCAGGCUGCAGCAUCACAGGACUUCCAUUUCUUUAACCAGACAAGCAUUGAGGACCUCUGUGUGCAGCUGUCAGGAGAUCCAAAAGUGACUCCAGAGCUUAGUGAGGACUGUCUUGCCCAGCUGGGUGGCAGGUUACUCAGUGCUGAUGCUUUCAGAAACUGUUUCCUUCCCAACAACUCGUUCCUGAUCUCAGCUCUGUGUGGCUCAGGGUCCGCUGGUUCCCAGCAGGCCCUAGAAGAAGGCAGCUGGGCAGCAGCAUACUGCUCCAAAAUAGGCAACCUAACUUUAUAUGAAGCUGCCUUAGAAGACAGUGAGCCCUGUCAGUACACGGAAUGGACCCUGGAUGAUUUCACCAACUUCACCCUGCUGGAAUUCUGUGGACAAACUCAGGGACUUAGAGAGCACAUGUGUUUAAACUCUACAGUCUUCCAGCAGCUGGUAGAACUGACACCACAGUUUAUAGAUGUCUGUGCAGAUCUGCGAGCACAGCAAGAAAGCAAUAAAUGCCUCCUGCAAAGGAUUUUUGACAUGCUUCCAGCACGGUAUGAGUUUGACACCUCCCAGCUGUGUGUGGAGCCAGCACCGAUGCUGAUGGACCUGAUGCACAAGAUAAGUGUGUGUGAGAUGGACGUCGGGGAGCGAGAGGGGUUCUUUGUGGCACUGGGGUAUGUGCUGCGUAUCCUGGAUUUUGUGGUGGGUCUCUCUUCAGGGUUGGAUGAGGGGGAGCGAGAGGCAAGGCAGGGUCUGGGCCAGGCCAUCCUUCUCUCCAGUCUCCUUGACAACUCGUCCUGGGCCACCCUGCAACCAGAGGCCUCCACGAGCGUGCUUCACACUGUGGGAGUGUUCCUGCGCAGAGAGCAGAAUGCCACUGUGAAGGAGGACCUGCUGAGCUGCUUCAGUCCCGUCCUCUGGGACCUCAUCCAGCAAAAUGGUAACUCCUCCGCUCUCAGAGUUCUGUUGCAGGAGUAUCUCCAGAUGCCAAAAGACAGCAUUCGUUCUGUGGUGAUGUCUGCUGAGAAAGAGGCUGUGAAGAGAUUUAUCUCACAUAUGCAUCAAAGUUGGGACCAGCUACAAGUUGAAACCAGCCAGGCCUCUCAGCAAGAGUUGCAGGCCAUGGAAACCAUGACUGCUGCUUUCAUACACAAGUUCCCCAGAGUGACCCCGGAGCUCUUUGUGGACCUUUCUCAGUUCAUCCCCUUCAUGUCCGUUUCUGACAUAAUGAACUUCCCGGCCUCCUUGAUCGUCAACGACAGUGUCCUGACAGCCAUUCGUGACCACAGCUCCAAGAUGAAGCCCCUGCAGAAGAAGGCUUUUGUGAAACGACUGCUGCAGUCGAAUGUGGUGGGCGACGUGCCCACGUGGCAUCCGCACUUUCUCAGCUCCAUCCUCCCGCUUCUGCCUUACCUCCCAGUCCAUCUUUUUCAGCAGCUCACGUCACAACAGCUCUCUCCUCUGGUGGAGUUGAUAAGCAACAGCAGUCUGGAUGGUGUGAGGGGCCGCCAUGUGCUACGGACCCUGUUUAGUAAGAGAAAGAACCUGACUGGUGACAACCUGCUGAGAUUAGGAGGUCUGGUGUGCUACUUGGAUCCAGCAGAGCUGGGUAUAAAUCUCCAAGACCCAGCUGUGUCCUCUGCUCUUUGGCAGCAGUUGUCUCAGUGCAUUUCCAAGGGGUUGAUCAGUGCCAGCGGCAGGCUGUCAUCCUGGUUGAUCCCAGCAGUAUCAACCAGCCUGAACAUUAGCAGCAUGACUUCUGCUGAGCUGUCUGCACUCAGCGGUUUGCUUCCCCAGUUAGGAGCCUCCUUCCUGCUGUCGCUCCCAUCGCAACGUCUGCUGGAGAUCUUAUCAAAGCCAGGAAUUCACAGAUAUUCACCAGCUCAGGCAUUUCAGGUUUUAUCCAAGAUCACAAAAGACAGUAAUCUUACUGUGGAAAACCUGUGCCGCCUGAAGCCGUUGCUCUCUGGUCUCUUCCCUGCUGUGCUCAGAAACCUCCAUUGGUCUGAUUUCAGUGAGGAGCACUGUCCGUGCUGGAGAACACUCCAAACUGAUCUUAAGCCUGGACACAGAGCCAUGUUAUUCAAUGCCAUGCAGGAGGCUCUCCAUAAAGACUCUAGGAACUUCACUCAGCAGGCAAACUGUCUGCUUCCCUUUGUCCCUCUGAGAAAGCUGAUACAGGCCAUGAAUGGUGGGACCAUUUGGAGAGGCAUCAGCGCAUACAGAGACAUACAGUGGUCUUCUCAGCAGACUCAGUUUUUGUUUAGACAGAUCCAUGAAUUCAAAAACGUCACUAUCAAGAUGGUGAAGCAAAAGUGCAUUGUGGACGAACUGCGGAAACAACCUGAACUGGAACUCAGUUUUCUGAGUUCUGGGUUUGCAGCAACCUUACCAGUGACAAUGGUAGACAACUUGUCUAAUGCGUCUAUCAGAGGAAUCCUGAGCCACAUUCAGCUUGAAUUUCUUGAUUUCCUGAGAUUGCCUCACUAUAAGCAGACAAAGUUAGCUGAGAAGGCCUUAUCUGAGCUGGACUCUUCCCUGGCUGAGGAGAAGAUUGAUGGGGCUGUUCUGGAUGUCCUGGGGCCACUGUUGCCUUUCUUGGACAGAGACAGUCUGGCUCUGGUGGACAGAGGAGCACUGGCUCUGCGGCUGGAAGAGAUGAGGAGUUUCUGUCUUCCCAAAGAAGCCCUCAGAGACAUUAGUGACCUUCUGACUCGGACAGACCUGCUAGGAGAUCCAUCCAAAUGGCAAGUUGGGGAUAUUGAGCAUCUGGGCAGGUUGGUCUUUGGUCUCUCAACAAAACAGAUUGACUCAAUUCCCUUGACAGUGUUAAAUCAGAGCACAGUGGAGCAGGUUCUUGUGAGUCAAAAGUUUUGGGAGAAGAGUCUGGUCGGUGGAAUCUGUAUGAGUCGGUGUGUGGACCAACAGUACCACAGAAAGCAAACCUGGAGCCUAAUUCGAGGAAUUGUCAAAGCACGGAGCAGAAGGGCAAAAGUGCCAGCUCCCAGCUGUGCAGACAUCAGAGGAACAUUCCCUUCAGCUUGGACCCCCACCCAGCUUCGCCGUAUGUCCGUAGAUCAGCUGAAGGAUUGUGUGGAAGUUUUUGGUCAGAAUCCGUCUCUGAGCUCCAAGCAGCGACGUGCGCUGUGGGGGAAACUCAGGCAGUCCUUCAGUCCGGUGAGGGAGCUGAGAGUGGAUCAGGUGUUAGCUCUUGGAUCAGUGGUCACAGAAAUGGGGGACAGAGAGCUGCAGGAUGCCAGUCUUACUGAUCUCGGUGUGCUGGCACAUCUGGGCACACUGACGAACUGGGCUCCUCGAAAGAUGAGAGCAGUGGUUUUAAGUGUGAUGCGGAAGAGCAGACUAAAAGUGGAGCAUUUAACGGUUGUUGAUUUGGCAACGCUGGGCCAUCUAAUCUGUGGUCUGCAAGCCUCGGAGAUCAAACGCCUGAGCCCAUACAACCUCAGUGUAGCUGUUAUGUUCCUGCGGGAAAUGACCCUGCCGUGUACAGAGCAGCAGAUGGAGGCGCUCACAAACUGCCUGGCCAGAGCAGAGGCCUUUGGUCCUGUCAGUGCUUGGGGGCCUGAGAUUUUCACUGAAAUCGGGACACUUGCAGCGGGUCUGCCUGAUAUAGUGCUGUCAGCUCUGCUGCGAGAACAAAUGGAGGGAAUCACCCCCGAAGCUGUGGCACUGAUGUCUCCGAAAAAAAUUGCAGUGGUGUUCAGUGCAGAACAGUUAUCAUGGCUGAGUGUGGAGCAGGCGUGGGCCGUGACAGAGGAGCAGUGGGCAGAGCUGAACGCGGAGCAGAGGCAUGCUGUUGACCUGGCACGGUAUGAAGGAGACGUCCUGAUGGAGCUCAGAGGUGGAGCUGCAGCAGCGCUGCUGUUCCGUGAGGAGCCGCUGUUCUCCGCUUCGUCCAUGAUCCUGACGUAUUUCCUGGGGCUUGUGCCGACCACUCAGCGUCGUUUCGCCGUGUCGUCGUCGGAUUUAACACCGCCACGUGAGACAAUAAGCCACAGGAUCGAGCAGGAUGUAAAGGAAGCUG